AUGCUUGAUUUCGAUUGCCACCACGAGAUAAAACCAUCGUCUUCGAGUGGUGAUGGCACACAGAAGAUAUCAGCUGAUGCAGCAACCGUCGUGGACCUUCGGAGUCAUCGUGGUCGUAUUUCGACAAUCCCGGUUCUGGAGAUAAACAAGGAUAAUCUGAAUCAACUCUGGACCUAUCUACUUGUUUCAAUUAAAAACUCCUCAUUCAUUUCAGUCGAUUUGGAGCUAAGUGGCUUGGGUAUUGAGAAAGGAUGGUUAUCUCAGUCGAUAAAUGAUCGCUACAAAUUGAUCCGGAAAUCUGCUCAAAGCCGUGCAAUUCUCUCCAUUGGUUUGACGACAUUCCAGUUGGUGAAGCGUAAAGAAACUGAGACGAAAAAACGGAUCAAAUACAAGUGUCAGGUUUUCAAUAUUCUCACUUUGUGCGCGUCGGCCUUCACUGUUGAACCGGAUGGUCUUCAGUUCUUGGCCUCUCAUAGUUUCGACUUCAAUCGUUUGAUCAAACUGGGUAUCCCGUAUGCUAGUCAUGAUUGCGGUGCAUCUGGAAAGAAUGGUUUUUCUGGGGGAUACGGAACAUAUUCGCAGAAAGAUUCGUUAAGAAUUCUGUGGAAUGAAAUAUUGUGUUCAUCGAUACCGAUUGCCUUUCAUAAUGGCUUGAUCGAUUUGGCGUUCAUAUACGAACAUUUCUAUUCGACGCUUCCCGAAACUUUGGACGAUUUUGUCGUGAAUUUAUCGGAUUGGUUCAUGUUGGACGGAGAUGAAGGCAGACCUGGAUUAUACGACUCGAAGUAUUUAGCCGAAUUUGUGGCGCGGAUGAAUGCUUCGUAUUUGGAAUAUGUUUUCAGGAAAUGUUCAUCACGUGCCUACAUCAGUGUUGAUUUCGAUUCGGAUUUGUUGCGAACAAAUUUCAUCAACGGCAUCAACAACGACCAAAAAUCAUUCGAACAAAUCAACUGUGAACUACCUGAAGAGUUCAGAGAACCGGUAAUUAUCCCGAGGAGUGUGAACGAUAAAGAUGCGCAAAUGAUAUGUAAGAAGUAUGCGGCGUUUGGUUUCUGCCCUUCGAAUCGAAGAUGUUAUCUGUCGCAUAAUAUUGAUUUGGUUUUGGAUUUGGAAGAGCAGAAACAAUCAAAGGUAAGAGAACGACGUAAACGACGUUAUGAUUACGCAUCAAAAUUGUUGCGGUCAGAUGAGACAGAGCCAAAAGGAGCAGAGUCUACAUCGUGCUCAAGAAAGUGUUCAGAAAAUUCGGAGGACGCAACGAAUGGUCAUCUGAAUGGGUCGAUAGAGAAUGAAAUUGAAAUGAAUAACACAGAAGCACAGCUUCGAUCGUUCGAUGAUUUCAAACGAGCUGCCAUUGGAUGUCACCGAGCAGGGAUGGAUUCAUUCAUGACUGGAUUCGCGGUUAUCUUUAUGUCUCGAAUGGCUAUCCUCAGGACUGGUGAGUUGAAUCCAGAACACGGAAAUCGUUUGCCCUUAAGAGGUAAACCGAUACCGUUGUUAAUCCACAGAAGUGAAUUCACAAUGCCAACUGCAGAACAUUGCACCCAAUGGGAACGUAUCUCAAUCGAACGUGAAAGGAGAAGGCAUUUGAAAAAUAUUCAAUUGAAUGGUAUUUCAUAA